CGCUGUUGCUGAGCAAUGAGGUCCAGGCCUCCAGGGUUGGUUUCGCUGCUUCUUCCAGAGGAGAGAAAGAAAAGCAAUGGCUGAUCCUGAAUUGGAAGCUAUCAGGCAAAGAAGAAUGCAAGAAUUAAUGGCACAACGUGGCAUUGGUAAUCAGCAUAACUCAGAGCAGCAGAAAGCACAGGAAGAGGCGAAAAGGGAAGCAGAUGAAAGGAGGCAAAUGAUGCUUAGUCAGAUUUUGUCAUCUGAAGCACGAGAAAGGCAUAAGUUGAAAUCUGCAUAUAAUAUGAUAACUGUUCUUGUGAACUUGAGCAUUUUAUUUUAUGUUGCUCGGAUUGCUUUGGUGAAGCCUGAGAAGGCACGAGGAGUUGAGGAUGUUCUACUGAGAGCUGCUCAAAUGGGUCAGAUUGUUGAGAAGGUGUCUAAAGAGAGGCUUAUAUCAUUGCUGGAACAGAUUAACAAUCAAACAACAAAACAAACUAAAGUGACAAUCCAGAGGCGUAGGAGUGUUCUUGAGGAAGACGAUUAGCUCCAGUUUUAAUCUGUACUUGGUAUUUAAUGACAGAAAGCUCUUAAAUGAGUAUAUAUUUUCAAUACACUUGGUCCAUGUGAUUAUGCUGGCCUCACAUUUCAAGAUAGUCUUCUGCUGCUAUUACGUCUGCUGGCAAUUGGGUGUCUUUCUUUUGCUACCAGAUUGUUCAUCCAACACUGAGUUAAGAGUAAAAACCUGUGUCAAAUAUUUAUCAUUAACGUGCUGUACUGGCCAUGACUUAUUCUGGUUCAGUAACUA